GUCAUUUGUUAGAUUUUUAGAGGUGAAUGCACUGCUCGAGUUUUCUUGAAAAUUAAAGAAUUUCCAAAGAAUCUUGAUAAUAUGGAGAUAUUCAGUGUUUAUUUGUAGGUUCUAGAGUGAAAACCCUGUUUGAAGUGGUGAGGUGUGGAGUGUGAGGUUGAAAGUGGUGUAAACUCAUCAAUAAGCACUCCCUGAUGUACUGAAGUCAGGAAGGCGCUGGUCCCAACUUCCAUACGCUGGUUUUCACCGUAAUAUGCGCUAAAGGAUGUUCUUGCGCCGCUGCCAAAUAUUCUAUUAGCGGGUCGGUGAGUCGGUGGACGCCAUGUCAGGCGCGGCGGCGCUGGGCGGGCUGGGCGGCUCGCUGGAGGACAAGGACUGCGACCUGUUAUGCCCGGUGUGCUUCGAGCUCAUCGACGAGGCGUACGUCACGCGUUGCGGGCACUCGUUCUGCCAUGCGUGCGUUGCGCGCGCCGUGGAACUGCACCGGCGGUGUCCAAAAUGCGGUGCGGCGCUCGCAGGUCGCGACCACUAUUUCCCCAACCUGCUGCUGAACGAGCUGGUGGCGCGGCGCCGGCUCGCGCGACCGGCAGCGCCCGCAGCUCCCGCCGCUGAGCGGCUGCGCGCGUUGCUGGCGGCUGAGGCGCGCCAUCUGCCGCUGCCUGCUGUGCAGGGCUUGCUGGACGUGCUGGCGCGCCGCAAGCGGCUCCUGGAGGCGGAGUCCGCGGCGGCGCACCACCGGCUGCUGCACGAGUUCCUGGCGCAGCUGCUGCGGCACCGCACCCACCAGCUGGAGCAGCUGGCGCGCGAGGCGGCGCUGGUGCGGCGCGACCUGGACCACGUGGCCGGCGUGCUGCGCGAGCUGCAGGGCGCGGAGCCCGACCCGCCGGCGCUGGCGGAGCUGGCUGACGUGCCGGCCGGCACAGACGCAGACGAAGAGGAGAGCUUCGCAUCGGGCGCUCCCGGGGGCGACGCCCUGGCGGCGCGCUGGCGAAGGCUGGCGGCUCACUUCGACGACUUCGUGCAGUGCUACUUCGCACACCGCGCUGACGAGUUAUAUUUCCCGGGAUCGAGUGCACCCACACCCACCCCAGCACCAGAAGCACCGCGCUGUGAAUCACCAGCGCCCGCUCCCGCUGGUGGGGCUGCUCACGCCGACCCGGUGCCGCAGCAGGGCUCCCCGCGCGCACCCAGCGCCGGCGACCAGCGCGCACCGGACUGCGGCGCGCCAGCUGCAGCCGCUGAACACGCGGGAGCUCCGCCCCCGGAGCGCCACGGAGGCUUGGAGGCCUUCCGAGCUGAUCUGGCGGCCUUCACCCGGUAUAGGGCGCUGCGGCCUCUCGCUACGUUGUCGUACUGCAGCGACGCCAUCAACUACUCCACCAUCGUGUCCACUAUAGAAUUUGAUAAGGAUGAUGAGUUCUUCGCUAUCGCUGGCGUCACCAAGCGGAUCAAGGUAUUCGAGUUCGGCGCGGUGGUGCGCGACGCGGUGGACGUGCACUACCCGUGCGCGGAGAUGCAGUGCGCGCACAAGAUCAGCUGCGUCUCCUGGAACAACUACCACAAGCACGUGCUCGCCUCCAGCGACUACGAGGGCACCGUCUCCGUGUGGGACGUGGGCGCCGCCGUGCGCACGCGCGCGCUGCAGGAGCACGACAAGCGCGCGUGGUCAGUGCACUUCAACCGCGCUGACGUGCGUUUAUUGGCAUCGGGGGGCGACGACGCGCGCGUGAAACUGUGGGCGCUCAACCAGGAGCGGUCCGUGGCCACUCUCGAAGCGAAAUUCAACGUGUGCUGUGUGCGUUUCAACCCGAGGAGCUCCGCGCAUUUGGCGUUCGGCUCCGCUGACCACGCCGUCCACUACUACGAUUUGCGUGCGCCUCGUGCGCCUUUAGCUGUGUUCCGUGAUCACCGCAAAGCGGUGUCGUAUGUGCAGUUUUUGGAUGCGCACACAUUAGUGUCAGCGUCCACUGAUUCUCAGUUGAAGUUGUGGCGUGUGGAGUCGCCGCGCUGCGUGCGCUCGUUUAGUGGUCACGCUAAUGAGAAGAACUUUGUGGGCUUGGCCACUGAUGGGCGGUAUGUUGCGUGCGGUUCGGAGAACAAUGCCUUGUAUGUUUACUAUUCGGGGUUGUCGCGACCGUUGUUGGCGCAUCGGUUUGAUGCUGUGCGAGGGUUUCUGGAGCGCGAGAGAAAGGAUGAGGAGCCGCCAGAGUUUGUGUCGGCGGUGUGCUGGCGCCGCGCUGCGGAUCGACCAGCUCUCUUGGCUGCUAACAGUCAGGGCACCAUCAAGGUGCUGGAGCUGGUCUAAAACAUCAGUGUGACGAUGGAUUGUCUGAUAUGUCCCGAAAUGGAGACUGACCAUUUUGGGCCCUCUGGGGUGUUUUUUUUUUAAUAUUGACUUCAAUUUGAGUAAUUUUUUGAAAAGUCACGAAAUGGAAACUGACCAUUUUGGUCUCUUUUUGAAAACUAACAUCAGUUGACAAAGAAUUUUCUAAAAAGUCUCGUAAAGGACAUUUUGAAAUGUCGACACCAAUUGGCAGUGAAUUUUCUGAAAAGUCAUGUACACACUUUAGUGUCAGCGUCCACUGAUUCUCAGUUGAAGUUGUGGCGUGUGGAGUCGCCGCGAUGUGUGCGCUCCUUUAGUGGUCACGCUAAUGAGAAGAACUUUGUGACAUUUUGAAAUGUUGACACCAUUUGACGGUGAAUUUUCUGAAAAGUCACUGAUAGGCGGUAUGUUGCGUGUGGUGUGGUCUUCUUUAAUCCCCAACGCAAAAAAGGAUGACUGUCAGUGUUUCUGUCUGUGUAAUCUUAGCUCUCAAAUGCCACCAUCAAGGUGCUGGAGCUGGUGUAGGGCGUCAGUGUGGCGAUGGAUUGUCUGAUAUGUCUCGAAAUGGAGGCUGACCAUUUUGGGUAUGAAAUAUUGACAUCAGUUGACGAUGAAUUUUCUGAAAAGUCUCGAAAAGAAGAUCAUAUUGGGGCCCUUUUUUAAAAAAUUGACAUCAGUUGAUAAAGAAGUUUCUGAAAAAUCUCGAAAAAGAGACUGACCAUGUAGUUAGUUAGUGGCUGUUACAGAAAUAACUAAAUGACGAAAAAUCCUUCAUCACUAAUUUUAAAAUUUGUGUGCAAGUGUGUUUGUCACUUUACGCAUCAACUAUUAAGUUGAGUUGGCUGUUUGAUAUGGAAAUAGAUCUUACCGUGGAUUAACACAUAGGCAUUGUUUAUUCUGAAACUCCAUUUUUCCCGUGGAAUUUGUGAUAACCAGAAUUUUUAGCGAAAACAAUCGCCAAUGUUUUCUAUCACCAAAAACUAUGGAUUGACAACUAUUGACUGAUAACUUUUGAGGGAGGGUAAACACUAUCUUGUCUUAAGUUAUCGCUUCUGUCAAGCAUCCUAAAAUACACACUUUUUUUGUUUUAAAAAUUAAACCAGUCUAAAACUGGUAUUAUUACUUAUUAAAUGACACUAAUUUGAACUUUGUAACGGUUCAUUCGUCACAUCUGGGCCCAACCCAAAAAUGGUGUCUCCAAAUCUUAACCCGUUGACAGUGCUGCUGUCGAGUUGUUAAAAAAAAAUGAAUGUUGUGAUGCGCUUUAUAGUUGUGUAAUUGUGAUGUAGAGAAGCCCCGGAUGAUGCCAGCCUGUUGGUUUGAAUUGAAUGAAAGAGUGCAUUAAUAGGCUAGUUGACACAUAUUAAAUUUAAUUUACAAUAUUAAUUUGUAAUAAGUAGCGCCCGGAUAAAUAUUUAUUAAAAAAUCUAUUAUGUACAUAAAAAAUCGAAAAUAUGGAAAAAAUAUGGAGUGUAAAAUAAGAAAACUUUUCAUUAUUAUGCAUUGUUUUUUUUUUUUCAAAAAAUAAAGAACACUUUUAUUCAACUUCCAUUACAAUUACCAAUUAAUACAAUGUAAUAAGGCUAAUUAUUAAAUUGGUUGCAAUACAUAAUGACGCGCUUAUUUAAAAUCAAAAUUAAAACUUUGAUAAUUUAAAGAUUUGGUCUUGAAUUUUUUUAUUUCAGUAAUUGUGUAAGCCGUCUGUAUCCUCCUCAAAAAUUUGGCACAGAAUUUUUUUAAUUUUUUUUAGAAAUUAUCAAACGAAAUACUAUUCAAUAGGAAUGUAAAUUUCAUGUAUUUUUGUGAAUAUAUGGAUGAUUGUGACUUAACCUUGAAAUAUGGAAAAAUAUGGAAAAUAAAAGUUGGUUUUUCACAAUCUAAAUAUGAUUAUCGAUGUAAAAAACUGAUUCUAGGCCGAAAAUCUCGUAAAUUAAAAAUAUGUAUUUACAUAUUAAUUCGGGCCCUAGUAAUAAGGGUGCGAAAUAAAUCGAUAUUAAGUAAUAUAAGUUAAGAAUUUCUUAUAAAACUUAAUCAUCGAUCUCCUAUUAAAAAGUGCAUGCACAAUCAGCGACCAAAAAACGUCCCCACUCAAUGAGUGCCAAACACAACUUCUUGGCACUCAAUUCUAGUAGCCGCAUUUGCAAAUUCAAUCUUAAACUCAAUACUUAAGGUUGAAUUUGCACUGAAUGUGGGAUUUUAUUGAAUAUUGGACUAUAUUUAAAGGUAUAGGUACUUUAGUAUUAUUUUCUUUACCAAUAAUUCUCAAACUGUCAAAGCAAAAUUGGCCAGUUUUUAAGUGAAAUUAUGUAGAAAAUUUCACUUAAAAACUGGCUAAUUUUGCUUUGAAAGUUUUUGGCAGAUUGUGCGUCCUUUUAUUAUAAGAGGUCAAUGUAUAUAACUUAAGGAUUUCUUAUAGAACUUAAUUUGAAAUUAAUGUAUUUUUUUUUUAAUUUUCCAAACGUCGUAAAACGCUGACGUCCAUUUUGUGACGUCACAAUGUUACUUGUGCUAAAGGAAUAAACGUCAAACUGAUUAAUACCUAGUGAUUUCGUUUGCUUCGUGACAGUUGGUUUAGUGUUUACGUGACGUCAUGAAACGAUAUAGAACAUCAUGGUCACCAGCGUUUUGGCUCGUAUUUUUUUAAAAAAAAUUUAAAAAUAGAAUUUUUUUUAUGUAUUCACGUCACAAAAAAAUUUGGAUGAUUUUUUUAAACUAUUUAAGACCAUUCUAAAAAUAGUGUCAACUAGCAUAUUACGUGUGAUCUUCAGAGUAACUGCGUGAUUUUAAAUCGUUUCACAAGACUAUGCGCGGUCUAGAUAAAUACAAGUCUCUGUCGAUCGGCCCUGGCGAAAAUGUACAAUAGAAUAAAACGUGUGAUAUAAAUUGUUCUCAUUGUAAAUCGUUGUCAUAUGUGGUCAAAGUUAUUAUAGCGUAUCGAGCAGCCAACAAUACAGUAUACUAAAUAUUGAUACGCGUAUAAUCACCCAAUUAUAAGGGGGGAGGGGUCUAUUGAUUCGACGAAUAUCACCCAAUCAUAGGGGGGGGGGGGUUAUUGAUUCGACGAAUAUCAUGUAAUUGCCCCCCCCCUCAACCUGUUAUUGUCAAACACCCACUGUCGAUUAUUGACAAAGUAGGUAUCACCCAAUUUAACAAGGGCAGUGUGUGGUAGAACAGUACUGGGGGGGGGGCAUAGCAGCGUGGGACAGGAGCGAGCUUGUAUCCUUCCUUGUUAAUAAUAAUAAUAAUAAUAAUUUAUUUAUUUGCUAUAAACAUGGGUUAUACAUAUGGUUAUGGUUAAUAAAAUUAAACAUACAUUUCGAUCCGAACAUGUUUUGCCGUUACAGGCGUGCAAAAUAUUUAUGAAACGUAGUGUUAAUAGAGCAUAUUAUACUAUAUUAUGCUACAAAAGAGAAAUAACAUUCCAAAAAAAAAACAAUGAAUUAUUAUCCAAAAUUUUAGUUGAAACAAGUCUUUACAGAUAUAAAUAUUUGCAUCUAUUAAUUUAUUAAAAAUAUAAUUUCUGAAUUCAAUAAAUGUCAUAUCUUUGACCUUUUCGGGUAAAUAGUUAAAAAAUUUUACCACCACAUACAUUGUUCUUGUAAACACUCAUUUUUUGUAACGGUACUUCUAGUUUAUGUUUCUGCCUAUCGUAUAAAUAUUUUAGAUAUAAAUCAUUAUGUUUUUUUACAAAAAUACACAUUUCGUGUAUGUACAACGCUGGUAAGGGCAAAAUCAUUUUUCUUUUAAAUAAUUACACCACAGAAAACAUAUGGUUACACAUAGACAAGUGAGCGGUGCCGCUCCGACGUCGCAACGCAUUUACCCCUCCCCGCCCGUCUUGGUGGUAGUCCGGUGCGGCGCCAGAGCGUAUCGUGUGACAUACCACCUCAGACCAAUUAUAGAAGGACCAGUAUCGUACCCAAAGUCACGAAGAAAACGGUCUGCCAUUGUCUGAGGAUAACGAUCAUACAUUUGGUACAUAUCAUAAACUAAACUAGAAGUUUUCCUUAACACCAUUCUACUACAAAAAAGGUACUUUUACGAAGCUCUUUAACGGACGAACACGAUAACAACUAUGAAACAUCGAUACCAUAGAGACAGUCUUUAUAAUCGCACUAGCGGACGCCCGCGACUUCGUCUGCGUAAAAUUCGAUGUCAAUUUUACUACUACCCCCUAACCUAACCUACCCUACCCCUACCAUACCCCUACCCUAUCACUACCCCAACCCUACCACUGCCCCAACCCUACCCCUACCCUACCCCUACCUUACCUAUACCCUACCCCAAUCCUACCCGUACCCUCCCCGUACCCUAUCCCUUUCCUACCCCUAUCCCACCCGUACCCCUAUCUCACGCCUAUCCUACCCCUACCCUGCCACUUCCCUAUCCUACCCGUACCUCUACCCUACCACUACCCUACCUCUACCCCGACCCUACCACUACCCUAAAACCGGCCCUAAACCUACCCUACCCCUACACUACCCCUACGCUUCCCUACCCGUACCCUAACCUACCCUGUAACUUCUCUAUCUUACUCCUACCCUUAGCAAAAUCGGUCCAGUCCUUCGAGAGUGGUGGUAUGACCAAGAGAAAUAGAGACUUCUAUGCUUAUAAUAUAAAGAGGUAAAGUUCGUGUGGUUGUAGGAGGUAAUCUCUGGAUCUACUGGACCGAUUUGGAAAAUUGUUUUACCAAUAGAAAGCUACGUUAUUUGCGAGUGUCCAAGGCUAUGUUUGAUCCCCAUAUUCACACGGGAACGGGAACUACGUAAAUGAAAGCGCCGGGCGUCAUAUAGUAAAAUUUCUGCGUCUUUUAGAAAUUUUGUAUUAUCUCCGAAACUAUUUAAGUAAUUAACAUACUGUAAAGGGCAAAUCUUAUCUCCAUAAUACCCUUGUGAUUAUUAAAUAAUUUAUUUUAAUAAGGAUUAAAGUUUAGUUGUAUAAAUAAUGACGUAAACCUAAGUAUAUAAAAUUAAUAAUUUUUAAAACACAAAAGGCCUUUUUUCUUCUAUAUAUCAGCUAAUAUAUAGAAGAUAGAUAUAUGGUGUCGCGGACUUUUUUGUAGAACUUUUAAAGAUACAUAAAGUCUCCAUAUAUUAAUUUCAAUUUUACACAAUAGUUAAGGCAGCGCAUGCGAAUAAGUCUGUAUAAGAGGAUUUUCAGUCCGACCUGUAUGACAAAAACUGUAAUAACUCGGCUAAUAUAUAUGAUACCAAUAUAAAAUAUAACCUAUAGCACUCCCCGAUAACGUAGCAUUCUACUGGUGAAAGAAUUUUUAAAAUCGGACCAGUAGUUCCGAAGAUUACCCCAUUUAAAAAAUGUGACAAACUUACAAACUUUACCUCUUUAUAAUAUUAGUAUAGAUAGUAUAGAUUACGUAUGUAUAUCUUUUACAAAAUUAAGUUAACACAAAACACUAUAAUUACACUUACUAAGUUUUAAUUAAUUUAUAUACACAACAAUCGAAAUAAUACCAUAAAACGAAAUAAUAACUAAUUACACGAAAUACGUAUGACGAAAGUCGAAACGAAACGAAUAAAAUAAAAUUACAAAUUAUUUAUUUGAAUUUAAAGUUUAAACCUGAUUACCUGAACCUGGUCCUGAACCUAAACAAAGAAAGUACGACGUAUCUAAACUAUAAAUUAAAACUUAAAGUAUGUCAUGUCUCUAUCUCUAAUCUCUAUUUCUAAAUCUAAAAAGCAAAUACAUAAAUAGACAGAGUCAGACAAACAGUACCUAGCUAACUUUAACUACCUACGUGGUACGUGAUUAACAUCGACUUGCCAAAAUCUAAGUAAAUUUUUCACCACUAACACCAAUGUAUGAACAAUCAAUUUCGAUCAUCAUGUAGUCGGCAUAAAUCUCCCUAGCGCCGUACAAAAAUAUGGUGUUUUUGCUCAACGCCAUCUAUUGGUAAAUGGAUAAAACGCCUACAUAGAGUUUAUUAACCAAAAAUGCUGAUCCCUAUAAAAUACGUAGAAACCUAUAGAGGAAGGUUCAACUUAAUUUGGCGGUUGGCGCUUAAACAUAAGCGGCAUUUCGCCUUUUAGAAAUUUUGUAUUUUCUCCGAAACUAUUUAACUAAUUAACAUACUAUAAAGGGCAAAUCUUAUCUCCAUAACAUCCUUGUGAUUAUUAAAUAAUUUAUUUUGAUAAGGAUUUAAGUUAAGUAGCAUAAAUAAUGACGCAAACCUAAGUAUAUAAAAUUAAUAAUUUUCAAAACACAAAAGGUACUAUAUCUGCUAAUGUAUAGAAGAUAGGUAUAUGGUGUCGCGGACUUUUUUGUAGAACUUUUAAAGAUACAUAAAGCCUCCAUACAUUAAUUUCAAUUUUACACAAUGGUUAAGGCAGCGCAUGCGAAUAAGUCUGCCUAAGAGGAUUUUCGGUCCGACCUGUAUGACAAAAACUGUGAUAACUCGGCUAAUAUAUAUGAUACCAAUAUAAAAUAUAGCCUAUAGCACUCCCCGAUAAUGUAGCAUUCUACUGGUGAAAGAAUUUUUAAAAUCGGACCAGUAGUUCCGAAGAUUACCCCAUUUAAAAAAUGUGACAAACUUACAAACUUACAAACUUUACCUCUUUAUAAUAUUAGUAUAGAUUAGAUCAUUGAUUUAAACUAUCGUCAGUGUUAUUCAUAUUAAUUGAUUAUGAAACACGGCUAGCGUUAGUUCGGUUUGCUUACAAGAAGACGAGUCUAAUGAAGAUGACAUUAAUGAACCAUCGGAGAUUGUAACGGAACCUUCACUCCCCACCACUCAACACCCCUCCGCGCGCGCAAUGCGUGCAGCAGUGCGUCGCGCAGCCGCUUCGCAGGUUGGAUCGUGCCGCAAUGCAAGAACCAGCUCAUGACUAAGGGCCCCGUAUAGGUUCGAAACUAGUCGGGCAUACAUAAUAUCACGUGAGUUUUAGCCGUGUUUCAUAAUCAAUUAAUAUAGAUCUUACAUGAUCAUAUACCUACUUUGACAGAAAAGUAAUGUCUAGCGAGGCAGGUCCUGUAGAAUAAUUGGUCUGAGCAUACCACAGAUAUUUCUAUGUAAGACAAUAAGAUGCGGUGACACCUCUCCGGCGCCUGUAUAUACUGUUUUGUUGGCUGUACCAUACUUUUUUGAAAAAUAAAUCUUUUUUAUUAGCUCUUAAGAGAAAAUGAUUAUAUAUAGAAAUUAUAGAGCAUCUAUGUCGUGAUUUAAAUAUUUGAAAUUAUAGAUUUUUAUUCGGUUCGACGAAUUUCUUUUUUUAAUAAUAAUUAAUUAUUAAAGCAUAAUAGUAAUAAUAGAUGUUAUUUUAGAACUCCAUUCUGAGUGAAGGUGUGAACACACUUGACAAAUGUGUUUUUGCGGUUUUUUUUAAUUUUAAGUGUGUUUGCGCCUUAAUAAGGAAUUUUUGUAAACCUCACAAACGCUCUCACGCAUAGCCUAAAAAUGGGGAUGAUGACAAGGUUUAAAUAAAUCGAUUUUUAUGAUACAUUCGGGUAAAUAAGGUCAAUGUUAAUUAAUUUAUACUAAAAAAGCAAAGAAUGUUUGGAUAUUUGCAAAAUAAAUAAGAUUAUAAAAUUUCAAAAUCUAUCAUUUUUUUAUCGUAAUUAGAUAAAAAUUCAUACAGUUUUAGCUUCCUUACAUUAAAUGUGACAUUUUUCAAUAAAUGAACUAUAAACAAACGCACAAAUGACAAAGAUAUUAGUGAUUUUGUUUGAAAACCCAUACAAAUCUAACGAUCAGCGAGCCAACGACGUCACUAGUUCGUGCCAUUUUGUAUGGGGCGUUUUUCAGGGAUCCGCGGCAGCGCCGCAAAUCUGACCCUUUAAAUCCCUGUAGCUCCGAAAGUAAUGAUCGCAGAUACCCUGUUACUUUUACAAAAUUGCUUUACUAUUAGCAUACUCCUAAUUUAUAUACAAUUUAAAAAACUGUCAUCAUCCCUAUUGCUGCAUAACAAUUUUUUUUCUCGUGUCUUUGUAAUUAACUAACUCAUGCAUAAAAAACAAAGAUUGUCUGGAUGUUUGUAAAAUAAACAAAAUUAUAAAAAAUUAAAAUCUAUCAAAAUGUUAUUAAAUGAAAAAUCAUACAUUUUUAGCUUCAUUACAUUGAAUGUGACAUUUUUCAUUAUAUACUCUUUAAUAUGACGCGAGUAAAUUAAAGUGGGCGGAUAAUUGUGCCUCUAAGUAUAUGAAGUGUAAACGUAAACGCACAAAUAACAGAGAUAUUAGUAAUUUUGUUUGAAUGUCCAUACAAAUCUAACGAUUAUUAUGACCUACAACUUCAUUCCUUCGUCACUAAUGUCAAUGUUAUCCUAAAAAUUUAAUAAAAAUAUUCGAUUUUAUUUAAUUAAAAACAUAUUGGGAAAAUAUAUAAAUUAAAAAUGAACUCUAUGCGUCAGUGUGGUUUGGAGGUUUGGCUAAUAUUGUCACAGCUCAAAAUAGUCCACGUAUAUUUUUUGUAAUAUUUAGUAAUUAUAAUUAAUAAAUGUUUAUAUAUAUAGAGGAUGUUUUGCAAAGUUACAAGUUGUAAUAUUUAUGACAAGUACACAAGUACGACCACCCUGUAUAAAUGUGUAAAUAGAGCUUUUGAUUUUGA